UUUUCUCUUUUUUCUUUUCUUGUGUUCCUGCUGUUUUACGUUUAGUAUACGUAACGUGAAUAUGGCUGAUAUUAUACAGCAUACCGGCAAGAAUCUAUGUGUGUGAGAUCCUGUUAUAAGAUAACCUACAAUGCCGAGGAAAUUUUAUCGAUCGGCGGAAAAUAUCGCGUCUGAGAAAACGAUUUGUCCAUCACCAGAAGAAUUGAGUGUAAUAAAUAACAAUGUCAAGUGCGAGCAAUGCGGACUCGUUUUCAGAAAUGAGCCGCGUUACCGACUGCACGAUCUCAAAGUACACCAACACAAAAAAUUGGAUAAAAUCGCAAAAGAAAACGUGCGUUAUCACUGCCCAGUGCAAUCAUGUGUCUACGCUGUUAAUUCUCAAAGAUAUUUUAGCGCCAAAAAGUACCUAAAGCAGCAUUAUUUGAAAGUGCAUGCGGAGAAAAAUUAUGCGUGUGAUCGUUGCGGCAAGAGCUUUUCCACUGAGUCUGCUAAAAAAGGCCAUACAAGAGUCUGUGGAGUAGAAUUUACAUGUUCCUGCUCAAAGAUUUACACUACAUAUGAAGCAUUGCUUACACACGCAAAGCGAUCUCUACAUGUUAUAACGGAAAACUAUAAAAAUUCUUCGAGAUAUACCAAUUCCAAAACGAUGCAAGUUGUCUUACCAAGAAAAAUUGUAAACAAGCCUAUCAUGAUACUGCCCACUCCAGAUAAAUUUGGAAAGAAUAACGAAGAUAUCAACACAACAAAAAGUACAACUGAUGUCGGAGUGCAAACGGACGAUUAUAAAAGAAGCAAGAAGAUUUCUAGUCCAUCGAAAUUCAACAAUAACAAUCCACAUUGUAACACGAAACGUCGAAUAUCCAAACAAACGCAGACUAAUAACUUUUCUAAGAAGAUUUUUGGAAAAUCGAUAGAAACACAAACGCCACAAGGGAGCAGAGACACAUCUAAGGUGCACAAACGCGGUGGAAGUUGUCGCGCGUUAUCGAAACAGUCGAAACAAACGUUACUCAAGGACGAUCUUAAUCUCAAUGACAAUUUCACGUCAACCAAUUUAUUUCCGACUAGUCCGCUGCCACUUCAUCACGACGUGGGCUUGCAAGAUUUCUGGGAAGAGAAAAAUACAUCGGGUACACAAACGAUACCUGAAAAAGACAUGUUCGAGGCAUUUAAUGAUAAUGUGACUCAAACGGAAUUCGAUACAUUCUAUGACCACAGUCAUAAUCCUUUGAUACAAUGUGUAUCGAAGAGUACAGUGGCUUUAAUGACAUUGCCUUACGUUGAAGACACGUCGGAAGGAUAUUCUUUCGCUUCGACUGAUGGAAUAUCUCAAGCAGAUCCUAUGCUAACUGCCAAGACAUUCGAUGACAGAUUUAGCAGUAUAGAAACACAAACCGAACAAGCUUUUUCCCCUUCAUAUUUUUAUUCCGAAUCUUUAUCGAGAUCUUUCGCCUUGAGUUCAAACAUCGAAACGCAAACUACAGAUCUGGACAACAUGGAGCAGUUAUUAUAUAGUAAUACAUAUACUCAAACAUGCGACAAAAUGCUGUCCUCCGAUUUCGGAUUAUCCAAUAUACAGACUCAGACCGCUUGGUCGCACGACGAUACUACAGUUUCUACUGAGACUCAAACCAAGUCUCUGAUUUGUGGAGCUGAUUGCAACAUUCCCAGUGGAGCCUGCAGAUCUUGGCUGAAUACACAAACGAGUCACACCGAAACGCAAACUGAUUUACUUAGCAUUUUCGAGGGACUUGAAUAAGUCAAAUAUGUUCUUU